AUGUCACAAUCACCGUCAGCAUUGAGCGUUCACUAUAUGUCGGAUGAGAGCAAUGAUGACCUUGACCUGGAGGCCCACAACUGUGAGGAUGACGCCCAGAGCAAACGCAAAACCCAAGACACAAUCUGGGUGCUCAAGGAAUUCCUCAGAUCCGACGACACUUUCGCCGACCUAAAGGCAUGCAAGGCCCUUUACGACAUGAUGCCCGAGGCCGGGACGGAAGAAUCCUGGUAUGAAGGAAAUCUCAGCACCAUAAUCAUGGCUACCGCAAAGCAAAUCCCACACAAUAGCGCAAUGCAGAACAAGCUCGUGAGGCUCAUGGGAGAGCUCGCGAGGUGUGACAGAUUCAAUGUGUUACUGAAUAGACGCUGGUAUACACACCCUGAACGGGUGGGCGAGCUCAGCCUUGUCUACUCAAAUUAUGUGCGGCUCUGUGUGUAUGGGAGAGUAUGGUGUGAACUAUUUAAUGGAGUAGGGCCCCAGCAGUACGACACCCAAUUUGUCAAUUUAUGCGCCUUUCAGGCUCGGUUGUCAACCGCGGGGAUUAUGGAUAAUACAUCGGAAAUGGUAUGGACCAUGAGGGAGAUCCUGGAGCAGCCAACAGACGCGUGCACCUCCGAGAACCUCAGUAUCCAGAUCAAGCUGGCCGCGGUUUGGAUCUUACAUGGCGGACAGCUAUUCUACCAGAACAUAGUGACCCACCCAGAACCUGCGACAGCAGAGUCCCAGAUAUCGUACCGCGCAUAUGAGCUCUACACUGGCCCUGUCCUUGGGCUAGAGCGUUGGGGCUUUUGGCAGGCGAGACUAUCUGAGCUAUCCGACAAGUCCGAUAUUAGCGAGGAGGCUCGUGAUUUGGGAACCAGGGCAGCCGAUCUCAUGGAAGCUCUUGUGCGUACGGUCAAAUGA